CGCUGCCGUCUCGCCCUUCUUUCGUCACCCACGACCUCGAUCCAAAUCCAGAACAACCUUCCCAACAUCCAUGCAAGAGGCCCUCUAUCAAAUUCCCACAACAUCAUCUUGUUGUUGUGCCAUCUUGUUGUUGUGUCGCCUCUUGUGUUCCUGCUCCUCUUUCGCAUCCAAUUUAGCAGCUAGCUAUCACUGGUAGUCGUCCCUUCUAUCCUGCCUGAUCAGGUUCUGAAGGCUUGCCACAUCUGGCUGACUGCAUCAACACUACUAGCUACUAACGAAAGAUCGAGAAUAGAUAGAUCUCGCCAAGUACGUCCGUCAAUAAGCUUCAUAAGAUAAAAUGGACUGGCAACAGAACUACGACGCCUUGAAAGAAUACAAUGAAAAGCACGGCACGUGGGUAGUCGAUCCGAAUGUGCCGGGAGACUACGAUCGCCGCGGUCGACAACGAUUGGGAGAUUUGGCGAAUUUUGUGAGUUUCAAUCAGUGUCACUUGCAUCACUUAUCUAAGGAGAGACGUCAUCUCUGGUUCCUCUUGACGGGUCAAGAAACCGACAAACCUCGUCCGCGGCGCAAAGAACCGGCCAAACCACGGUGGAAUCCCAAGAUGAACAAAUCUAGUAGUGCGUCUAACAAUAGCAAUAAACAGAAAACAGCACCGGAACCUACAAUCAACACCCGCCAUAUCGUCAAUGGCCAAGAAUUCAAUCAUCGACCCAGUUCGCAAGAUUUGUAUUCCCGGUAUCGCGCCAAAGGAAUCGGAUUGAGUCAAAUGCAGUGGAACAGCAUGUUUGACAAAUUGGUAGCGUUUCGACGCGUUCAUGGACACGUCAAUGUCCCGGUUCGAUUCAAAAUUGAUCCCAAAUUGGGAAAAUGGGUCUCGCGACAACGAGAAGCCCGAACGACCAUGAUACCCGAACGACGGGAUCGAUUGAAUGCGAUUGGAUUUAGUUGGACGCAACAACAAAAAAGCAAGCCCACGCUGGAUAUCAAUAAGAAUCGACGGACGUUUGACGUCUUGUGGAAUUCCCGAUUGGAACAGUUGCAAGUCUUUCGGACCGUCUUUGGACAUUCUCUGGUCGAAACAACGCCGAAUCCACAAAUCUUGUUUAUGGAUGAUGCCGAAGAAUGCGACAAAUUGCGGCGAUGGGUCCACAAACAACGAGCGCUCGGGGGUCGUGGAGAGUUGCGACCGGAACGAAAUGAACAGUUGCAAUCCUUGGGAUUUUGGAAGGACCGGCAUUUGGAUGGCACGCAAGCGUCGUCAAGAGCCAAGGAGGUAUCCCCAUUGGAACAAGAACUGGAGGAAUAUGAAGAAUUGGAUCCACCCAUUGAUGAGACGGGCUUGGCAGCGCCCGUUUCGCGAGAAGCCGUCGAAGAGCAUGUCAAAUUCUUUGAAAUUGAAACCAACAAGAAGGAAGCCAUACAAAAGAUUGAGUUUCGAGCGGUGCCACCGGUGGGAAACCGAUUGCCACCGUUGGAAAUCCCGGCGCAUGUCAAGCGACAGCAGACCAUGGAAUAUUUCAGGCACAUCAAGAAACAGAAAAAUGAAGACAAGGAGGAACGGGAACGCCGCAACAGUCAAUUGGUCAUUCAAGAAGCACUCAAGCAACAGCAAGAGGAUCUACGAAGAAUGCUCAAACAACCAGAUAUGGAACUGGGAAAUGAGGAAGGAGUACUAUCGGAGGAUGAAGAAAAAUAUAUGGACGACGAUGAAGAGGAGGAGGAAGAAGAAGAAGAGGUCAACUCGGACGACGAGGAAGCCAAGGCCAUUGCUCAGACGGUGGCCGAACAAGUAUUGCUAGAAGCUAUUGAGGCAUCGGAAUUUGACCAACGCAAAAAGGAGGAAGAGGCUGCUCAGAGGGAAGCGGAAUAUGCUCGCAAACGAGCAGAAGCGGCUCGCAAACGAAAGGAAAAGGAUAACGCGAUCAAGGAAGCUGGAGAAAGGGAUGCCGCGAAAAGACAGGCCCCUGCCGUUCCCCCCGUGGCUCCUCCAAAUUCGCCUCCUCAGCCGAAAAAGAAAAAGACACGAGUUCGUCGUCCCAAACCCGUGGUGACUCCUCCAGUUCCAGCCAUUGCGCAGCCUCCAACCAAGCCAGCAUCCGCGGCAACCAAGCCAGUGCCGGAAGGUCCCGUCUAUCACUCGCCCAUCCCUUCCAAAAAGAUUGAGUAUUUCUUGGUGGAAAAGGAAAUUCAAUCCUUUGAUGAUGCCUUUGUCAAAAUGCUAGAUGCCAAGACACCGGAUUGGAAACGGAAGCGACGUUGGUCCUAUGUUUGCAUGUGAAAAAAAGGCGCCGCCUGGUAAGGUACACUGCAGGUGCAUGGGAAAUCAUUGGUUUCUCUGUUUGAAUGGGAAUGCAUAAUAUUGUAUCGUACAGAAUAAGUGGGUAACUUUAUAGUCAAUAAUAUUUGUGGGUGUUGAAACUGGCAAGAACCCCUUCGUAAGAUACAUUUCCUUUCGUCCCAAUGCACUCGGCGUCUAAAUCGCCACCACUAAUAAGCUCAAUGCCUCUACUAGCUACGAUAUGCACCCUCCCCUCGAGACCACACGCAGCGCACGCCACUUG